UUUUUGGUUCGAACGUGUCUUUUCCCCAUUGACUCGGUCUUCUCUUCCCUCGGCGGCGCGCGCUCAACCAUGGCCGGUCGCGCCUCGCCGCCGACGAGCAAGCGGCCGAAGAAAGCCCCGGACGGCGGCGACGAGGGGCGGCGCCCCCCGACGGGGGAGGUCGACGACGGCGCGUGCUGCGGGAUCUGCCUCACGGAGGAGGGCAGGGCCGUCCGCGGCCGGAUCGACAGCUGCGACCACUACUUCUGCUUCGUGUGCAUCAUGGAGUGGGCCAAGGUGGAGUCCAAGUGCCCCAUGUGCAAGCGCCGGUUCUCCACCAUCCUCAGGCCGCCGAAAGACGGCGUCUUUGCCGGCGAGAGGGUCGUGAAAGUCCGGCCUCGUGACCAGGUUUAUGAUCCCCAUGGAAUUGGACCUUUGACCCUUAUAUGGAAACUCGGUGCAGCAUCUGUCAAGGCUCACAGGAUGAAUGGUGCCUGCUGCUCUGCGAGCUCUGCAAUUCAGCAUCGCAUACUUAUUGUGUUGACUUGGGUGUCACUGUGCCUGAAGGGGAUUGGUUUUGCCAUGACUGUGCUUUUAUGAGGGACGAGCAUGCUAGGACGGAUGAAGGAGAGAGCUGCAUCGGACAUAUUUCGAUGCCAUCAACUGAGCCGCGAGUUUCAAUAUUGGAUAUCGUGAGAGAUGGCGGCACCUCUGACAUUGAGCAACCCACAACUGCUGUGUCGUCACCUUUAGACCCAAGUGCAGCUGUGUCUGAUAGGGAAGAUGGUAUUGAUGGGGAAAUGUCCCAAGAAGGUGAAAGAAGGGAUCCCAAUGUUGCAGAGAGAGCAGUGGAAUAUUUGGGCGCAAGAACUCUUCGACAAUGUCGUGAUGUCCAUAUUCGUAUAAAGGCACUUCGUGAGAAUUGGGAUGCACUGCGACGUGGGUCAUUGAGCUUUCAUUCAGGUAAUGUGGAGUCCAUGCGCCAUAUGAGGGAAGAGCGAGACUGUCAUAUUCAAGAGCAUGACAGAUUAGGUCAGCCAUCCUCAAGUCAUCAACCAUUGGAAGAUGAAGAUUCUAUGUUAGGUUUUGCUUCCCACAAUGAAGAUAAGUACGAUAUCACCAAAGCAUGGAAAAUGAUGGAUAGAGCCAAGUCCAGACGGCAAGGUCGUGAUUUAACGGCUAGUGUCCACCAUGCAGGAAACAAAUUGGUCAGGAAAGGAAAUCCUCCAAAAGUAGCCAGUCUUAAUAAUAGUCGCUUAGAAUUGAGGAAUCAAGUAAAUAAUAGUCGCUUAGAAUUGAGGAAUCAAGUAAAUAAAAGUCGCAACACUGAAUCUGCAGCAGCUUUGGAGCAUAAAGUCAGUCAUAUUGGUGAUAAAUUGUAUAAGCCUAGAUCUGCAGCAAUUGAUAGGCAAAAACAGAAAAGAGGUCCGGGAUUGCCACCUUCCUCAAUGGGCCAAGCUAGUUGGCAAAGGCAUGAGCGUCAUACAAAUACGUCAAUCAGAACAUCAUGCGGCAUUGCUUGCAAAGAAGACAAUUGUCCUUCUUUGACGCCUUCUGCUGGUUCUGUGUCAGGAUCCUCUAAGCCUAGAUCUCCAGUAAUUGAUAGGCAGAGACAGAAAACAUAUCCAGGAUUGCCUCCUGCCACAAUUGACCGAGCCAGUUUGCAAAGGCAUGAGUAUCAUGCAAAUAAAUCUGUUGGAACAUCACGCGGCAUCACUUACCAAGAAGACAAUAGUCCAUCUAUGACAUCUUCUGCCGGUUCUAUGUCUGGAUCCUCUAGUUCUUUUCCUGCCAUACUUGGGGCAAGCAUUGCUUCAUCACAGAAUUCGCAUGGGAAAGCAAUGCUGGAUGAGGCGCGGGUAGCUGGCCACUCUAGAAGAGACGACAAUGCAAAAAGUGAAAUCCAAUCUCUUGUCAAGUUCAAUUUGAAGUUGCUUAGCCGCAAUAAACAGCUGGGAGUCAACACAUUUAAAGCAAUUGCCAGAGCGGCGACCCACACCAUCCUGGCCGCAUGUGGCCUGGAGCAGCCCAAGUCCACCGUCCCCAGCUCAGUGUGUUGUCACGCCGAUGACAUCCAGAGGCUCCACAGGUCUGCUCUCAUGUCCAAUUCCUGCAGAGAGUGCUUCGAUGCCUACGUGAAGACCGUCGUCAACACCCUGCUGCUCGAGAAGCUAAGUAAAGCUAAGUAAAGCUAAUUAAAGCACCAUUUUUUUUUUUUAAUUCUAAAACCUCUGCCGCAUUGGCAUUUGUAGGAAUCACCAGGGUUUUCGAAGUGAAAAUUUGUGGGCUCUUUUUACUUUCUCCAGAAAAGGGUAGAGUAGAUGUAUAGAACUUGGAAAUGCAUAGUGAAUUUCUGCUGUUGGAUA